GUACAACCACCACCCACCUGGAGAGCCGGAGCUGCACUUCACCACCAAACCAUCCCACACGAGAUCCUCUUCUUCCGCUCCCGGGACACAUUCCGCCGUGGUCAAUCCGAGAAAGCCGCCACGACACGAGGCCUGCGACACAUCAAACACCCCAAAACACCAUCUACGCACACUCUCGCCCGCCAUGUCGGACCUCACCCACUUCGACCUCCUCCCCCUCCAGAUGGACCCCCAGUCCAAGGCGCUCAGCACGCUCAAGCCGUCGCGCGCGCUCACGGCGGAGCUCGAGCAGCUCAACACGCUGCACCGCUCGCUGCUGGCCCUCGAGUCGCCGACGCCGCCGCCGCCCAUCCCCGUCAACCCCAAGCGCAGCGCGGGCGUCACCAAGCUGCGCGACAGCGGCAACGCCGAGUACCGCAAGGGCAAGUUCGCCGACGCCAUCAAGUUCUACUCGCUGGGCCUGCAGAUGGCCACCACGCGCCCGCUGUGGGAGCCCGCCGCGCUCGUCCGCGAGGAGGUCUCGGGCCUGCUGGCCAACCGCGCCCAGGCGCACAUGGCGCUGCAGAACUGGGCCGAGGGCGCCGUGGACGCCCAGGCCAGCGUCGAGGCCCGCUGGGUCGGCAACGCAAAGGCCUGGUGGCGUCGUGGCCGCUGCCUCAUGGAGAUGAGCCGCCUGGACGAGGCGCGGGACUGGGUUAAGCGCGGGCUGGAGGUUGAGGGCGAGGAGGCCGAGCUGGUUGGGCUGUUGAAGGAGAUUGAAGCCAGGAUCGAGAAGAGCCAGGCGGCGUGAGAGUCAACGGAGGAAUAAUCAACUGGGCAAACGCCAGCAUGAAAUCCAUCUCGGCGAGGGGCGCAAGAGGACCCUUUGGUCCCAACUGGACGGACAUAAUGUGGAGGGUGUCUAAGAACGACCAAGGACUCGGGAGCCAAGGUGUGCGGCUCCGGAUGGGAGGGAAGCCAAAAACCUCGUUGUGUUUGUUAUACCCCGAGACAGUCACGACAUGGGGAGCCACUGCAUUUACAUGAUCGGCCAUGGACUUUUGAGCGGCCGAGACAGAGCGAACGGAUGCCAGAACGGACAGAUUCCCCUGGGCCGCUGGGUGGCUUGGGAGGAUGUCUCGGUCAACGCCAUUGCGGCCAACACGGGCAUGGCCAGGCUUGGGACGUUGGAAGACGAAGGGCAAAGCAGCAAUGUAUUUUUACGUAUAAUGUGCAUGUUAUAUACACCAACUGGGAGUCUUUUUUCAUCUUUCUAA